GUUUUUGCUGAUGAGGGAAAUUCGAAGUUACAGAAUUUGCAUACAAUCGACCCGUUUGCUGGAUUUGGAGAAGAAAAGUCUGAUGAUACUUUAGUGCAUAUCCGAAUACAACAGCGGAAUGGGCGUAAGACACUUACUACUGUUCAGGGAAUUGAUCCGGAAUAUGAUCUGAAAAAGAUAUUAAGAUACUCUAAAAAGAAAUUUGCAUGCAAUGGAACCGUAGUUAAUCAUGAUGAAUAUGGGGAAAUUCUACAAUUGCAAGGUGAUCAACGUAAAAACAUUGCGGAAAUGCUUGUUGAGUGUCAAAUUGUUACUGAGAAGCAAGUAAAGAUUCAUGGAUUCUAA